AUGGCCAGCGACGACUCCACAAACGGUCCGUCGCUGCUCUUGUUCGAUCUGCUUCCCUCGCUUCUCCUGCGAAAGAUUCCCACGAGACUACGAUCGCAUUCCGCAUCCGCCCCUUCAACAACAUGCCCAUCUCGGCCUCUUAGCCAAGCCAGUAUGGACAGCGUCACGCCACCGCCCUCUUAUCAGUCGAAUGUCGAGGAGAUGGACCUCUCGGAUGAACAGCUUCCAGCAUUCCGCUCGUUUCCUAUGAGUGCUGCGCCCAGCCGGCACUCCAGUUCUGGCAGCACCACACCAACGAACACAAGGUCCGAAUCAAAAAGCGGUAUUCAGUGGAAAUAUGCAAAUACCGGAUUUGCACUCUUAUCGCUCGCAGCGCAAGAGGACGCAAAUGCAACAGCUUCAAGUACACGGCUUACGCGCAGAGAAUAUAUCGACGGUGUGGCAUGCAUGCUACGUGGACUACCUGCAGAGCUUACGGAAGACGAGGAACUGAGCAUACAAGAGGCGAUACCAGCGGCUAUGGGCACUGCAGCGAUCGAAGAGCAGCGGAUCGCUAUACAGCAAGGAUCUGGAGCAAGAGCCAGGCAAUCGACUACGCCUCAACGUCGGCAGUCGACUUUACACCGAUGUGUGGCAGAGAUCACGUUAUACGUCUUCCUGACGGUAUCGUUCGUAUUGCCAUAUCUACAGCUGCUGCUCCGGCAAGCGUACCAGUUCGACCGCAAGCACAAGAUCAGCGACAGAGUACUCGCACAGAGCGUCAUAGCCGCAGACAUGAUGGGCAAGCGCACCAUCACCAUGGCCUCCAGCAUCUGCGCGAUGAACGACGGCAAAGUCGGCGACUCGAUGAAGGAGAUUGGCCUUUAUCUCGUGCAAGGCUUCAGCGCUGGUGUUUACGAUGGCGUUGGAGAAGGGAUGCAGAAGAUGGGGCUUCGCGGUACAGACGCUACGAUGAGCCGCAAUGCUGCUUCUCUUGACAUGCGGUAUACGCGGAACAUGUGA